AUGUCCAACGUUGAUGCGUACCAUGUCGAUGCAGUAAAACACCAAGGUGAGGAUGCACUGCAGCAACAAGCCAUCUUCCCUUUUCUUAAACUUCCUCGGGAGCUCAGAGAUCAUAUAUAUGACUAUGCCUUUGCCACUCAAAACCACCGUUGCCAGCGGCCCAUUGAGCGGCGCAAUCUAAAGUACUUCCAGCCCAGUGCCGCUGCCAUUCUUCUCAUAACCCGCCAUGACUACUUCCUCCUCAACCGCCAAGUCGCCCGUGAGGCGCUCGAGGUACUCUUCAAGCACCACACUGUCUAUCUCAGUUGUGGACCCUUCGUACUCAAGACUCUGUUCGAAAAGAUCGAAGAACCAAAUGGCCCUGGCAGACAAUGGCUCAAGUGGCUGAAAAAGAUACACCUGGACUGGGAGACACUCCCCAACCUACGCAACUAUCCCCCCGAGCGAGAUGAGGCCCGAGUCGAUGACUACUGGGAGCACGACCAAGUCCAAGUCGACGUCGACUACAUCCGCGGCGCAUACUACAACGCCCACUAUGAUGAAUACGACCACGAAGGCCAACACUACGAUGACAACUUGUACGACCCCCCAAACAUGCCUCUAUACCCUUCUUUCCGCCACCACACCCCCUCUCAACCCCCCAACGCAAACGACCCCUUUGGCCUCUCAACCCACUACCCCUUCAUCGACCCCAACCGCGAUCCAGCACAGGAAGCCUCAGCCGCAGACAUAUCCAGCAAACUUGACCUCCUCGUCUCCCUUGAAGUAACACCCUUAUUCACCUACCUCUCUUCCCCUUCCUUCACCCUAACCAGUAUAACCCUCCCCUUGGCCUUUAUAUCCCGCGAGUCGUACCACCACCGCCACCUCUCCCGCCCGGGCUACGCGCUCCCCGUGAAAAUCCGCUACUGGAUCCAAGUCUGUGUGCAUGCACUACUUAUGCUCGUUGCUCCACGUGCACUCGGCUGUGCUGGCGACUCGACGAGUCUCCAAGAAGUGCGUGUCCGCUACGCACCCACAGAUAUCUGGGCAUCCAUGGAACCAACGGAUGAUCUAGUGCGUAUGGUAGAUGAAGGCGUGUGGUUCGACGCUCCCGACGAGGGUCAGGAAGAUGAGCGCCAGGGCCAGGGCGAAGCGUUUCGUGCCGUGUGGGAGGGCAUGAAAGCGCGGAUUCCGGUUGAGCAUCGGAAAGAGCUGGGUAAGCGCUGGGGUCUGCGUGCCUCGGUCUCGUUUGUGCCUUGGGAUGGCGAGAUUGAUAAUGGCAGGGUUGGUGAUGAGCUCGACGUCGUGUUUACGAGGGAGGAUUCUGCCCGAUAA